ACAACAAAAGCUGUGUGAGAGCAAUAAGCAAAGCUGAGCAGGCUUCAGAAAGAUACAAGCGGGCUGAUUUUUGCAUGUACAACUUGUAUUCUAAGCAGAAAGCUGACAAAUUAUUAUUCUUAUACAGACAUCUAAAUUUUCAAGUCCUUGGAGGAGCAUGCUGAAUUACUUUGCACUUUUGCAGGGCCCUGGAAUCCUACUGCUUUGCCUGCUGGAAGUGGAAUAGAUUGCUGAGAGGGAUCAGGCAAAGUUCUGCCAUGAAAGAUGUCAAAUCUGUCCCUUUUGAGCCGAGGGAGUGCACAUGUAGUCAAAACCACACAGGAAAAGAUUGAAGUCCGCUAUGAUCCAGAGGACUACUUCAACUGGAGGUCCUUUAAUAAUUUUCAGACGAGAAGGUUUCUACGUGGCAGAUACUCUUCAAAUCGCUUCUGGGAAAUCCUUCCUCCCAAGACCUAUAGCACAAAGAAAGGAUCCUUAGUGCUGUUUUCUGAAGAUCUAGCCUUGCCAUGGUGGUACAGAGUAAACAACAAAUGGGUCCAAAGAGGCCAUCGACUAAAACAGAAUAAGCUUAAAUUGGAGCUUAACACCCUGCAAGAUUUGACUGGAGCCAUUUUAGCAUAUGGAAGGAAACAGAAACCCCACGGUGACCAUCCCUGGCAGCCAUACCUACAUAUAUUGCAAGAAGAAGAAAACCAUAAUGAUAGACAGAUCCGACCUGGGUAUUCACCCAAGAGAUAUCUUAUCCAUCUUUUUGAAACAUGGCAUCCAAGUACAAUUUACAACCUUCAACAAGCAGGGACCCUUAGGAAUUCUGUGAGACUUCAACAGCUCACAACCAACUAUGCAGAAAGCAGCAGGAGGCAUCAAGAUCUGUCGUCUGUACCCCUAAAGUAUCAGUGCCCGUCUGUUUUUCCUCCUUAUCAAAACCCUCACUGGACUCAUGAUGAUCUGUUUACCACUUCAGGACGUUUUACUCCUGUCCAAGAAGAAAAUGACAAUGAAGAAGAAUUAGUCGACGGUAUAGAUCUUGCUGAAGAAUCUCAAAAACAGACGUGGACCUCACCAGUAACUAAUCCAGAACAGAUAUCAAAUACAGAUAGCGGAGAUACAUAUGGCAGAAAGAACAUGUGGAGAAGGAAGGGGACGCAAGAGAGCAAACAAUGUGACAAUGAAGUCACAAGUGACAGGACUGAUAUCUCUGAACAUCCAUCUUUUCACAUUGAUGCAUCUCUUCAGAAAAAUAUUUCUGAGUCAACUCAAGUCAAGCCUCACUUGACUUUCUAUGGUGGUCCUUUUACUGCAAGAAGGAAAUUCCAGCAAGGUAAACAAGAACGUAUUAAAGAUCAAGACGAGGCAGGAUUCUUGCCACCUAUUUCUGAGUAUGUGGGAUCUGAUAUAGGAGCAAAGAAGGAAUCCAACACAAAGCCUGACUCUUUUAAGUUGCCACCUAUUUUUGAUGAAACUUCUAAAGCUUCAAAACGCAAGAGGCGAUGUCAAGCCACUGACACACCAAAGGAACUAUUAGUUAUCCCUCUAUUAAUUCAUUUCCAACUUCAGCAGUCAAAACAAGAGGAUAAGGGCAACAAAACAGAAUCCAUUCAAGAUUAUUUAGAGAGCCAAGGUAUUGUUAAGGAAGCAAGAGAUGUCCCACCAUUGGCUGGAGAUGUUCUAAUGUCAGAGAACAAAAUGAACACUCUGCAGAUGGACAUUGAGUGGAACGUUGAUCAACAAGCAGAUGGGGAUCCCUCUCUUAUGCCUGAAGCCCCACCACUAGGAUCUCUACCCCCUAUAAAUGGAAAGAAAGGACCAGGGAACCAGAGUAGUAUGGCAAAUUUAAAGGCAACCACCACAAGUAAUAGCAACUCAACUGGGCCGAAAACCCUACCAACAGGGAUUAUUCGAGGCUCACUUCCCGAGGAGCUCAAAGAUUGCUGUAAGAAUAACUCUAUGGGCAGCUUGAUAAUGAGCCCUGAUGGAGAGAUUUUGUGUCUGUCACUCCUGGGUGCUUCAAGGGAUGCAGAUGUGCCUGUCCGCUUUGACUUCAUUCCUGAGGAAGAAGACAAUGAUGAAGAAGAAGACUGUCUUUCUCUGGAAUGCAAGGGUCAGGAAGAACAAUGGCCUUCUAAUCAGCAGGACAUGGAGCAAGGAGCUAUUGGUCGCAAAACUUUAUCUGUGCAUAUCCCUACAAGCUCUCCAGAAGAAGGAGCAACUGGCCUGCCUUACCGGAAGGAGAAGAAAAAGCAUGGCACUCUUUCAGGACCCAGUCUGCCUGAAAACGAUGCAAAAACAUCCAAACAACUGGCUCAGGAUGAAAGAAGCAAGAGCAUACGAAUGAAAGAGGGUGAUUCAUCAGUACUUGUGCAGGGACCAUUGGCAGAAAUUGCUGAGAGUCCUCCUGUACAAAUCAUCAAAGCUUCAUCAGUAAGAGACUCCUCUUCAACAGAUAAAACCAAUGCUUUAUCUCAUGGAACAUCCGGAGCCACCUAUUCUCAUGACACAGCUUCUAAGGCAAAAGGACAUAAGCAGUUCUGCACUGAUAAAGUGCUGGAGUCAGAGGUGCAGGGUCUUUACCAGAAGAGCAGCAGAGAGAACAGGAUUGACCACGGAAUCCAGGAAAAAAAAACAGACUAUCCAAGGCUCAAGCCUGAAUUCCAGAAAGGAACAUCAAACAGUAAAAGCGGGAAGGAGAUAAGAGAGCAGGGUGCAGCUCCAGAGAAAAAGCUGGAUCAUGAGGUCACAGCUCCCCCUUCUGUCCAGGGUCAACACAGCACCAAGCAGGAGGAACCAAACAGAAAAGGUCCAAUGAAGGAACAAAGUAAAAAACAGAAAACACUGGAGACCACAAGGAAGGGGCAGCCAGAGCCCAACAGUGAAACCGCUGAAAUUGUGGUUAAAGUAUCCAUUGACAGCAGAGAGAAGCCCCCUGUCAUUCCAUCUGACGCAUUGCAAGACACUGGAAAAUUAACAAAACCAAAUGGGCUUAAGGCAAUGAAAGAGGAUGAGGAAAUGGAGCUCUUACAGCAGAUUGCUAGUAGUACAAUAAAAGAGGCAUCAAAAAUUAAAGAAAAGAAGAAAACAAAAAAUCAGAAGACACAAAAGUCCCUGAAAACACCAGCUACAGAAUCCAAAAAGACAAAACAAGGAAACAAAAAGAACCAGGGAAAAGCAGCAUUUGUUGUUGGGCAACCUAAAGAGAAGAAAGCCGAAGAAAAUCCAUAUCCUAAGAAACCUCCAGUAGUUCUCCAAAGGCAGGAAACAAUCACAAUUUCAGAGUCCAAUUACAAGGAACAGAAUAGAGAAAUUGAAAUUGAGGUACCAUCCUUGACAGUGGAGACACCAGAGAGUAGCUCACCUGUGCACUCUGAUGGUAAAGAAGGUGAUGGUGAAGAUGGUGAAGAAAUUAAAAUUUUGGAUCCGAAGGCAGAACAGUCAGCCACUGAUGAUAAACUGAUGGCUGAAAGUUCAAAGGAAAAUGUAGUUUUGAGCCAGCUCUUUGAAUAUGACUCUGCCCGUAGUGAAACAUCAGAGGCUACCACCGCUUCCUUGCGCAGACAGAGAUCUUCACGAACCCAGGAGUUGUCAGAUAGAGCUGAGAGGAGGAGAACUGAGGUAGAAAAGAAGAGAAAAGAAAGGGAGGAACAGUUGCGGCUGGAGCAGGAGCAACAGGAGAGGAUGGAGAAAAUGAGGAUAGAGUUGGAGCAGGAACAGCAAAGAAGGGCAGAAGAGAUUCGCAUGAAGAAACAGCAUGAAGAAGAGGAAAAGAAAUGCCAGGAGCAAGAGAGGGCUAGAAGGAUACAGCUGGAACAGCAAGCACUGGAGAGAGCACGCCAGCAGCAAGAGGAACACAGAAGGAAACUCCAGGAAAUCCAUAGGCGCAAACAACAGGAGGAGCUUGAGAAAUUGGAAAUAGAACGUCAGAGACAAAUGCAAAUUGAGCGGGAGGCUGCAGAGGAGCGCCUUAGGCUGCUGGAGAUGGCAGCAGAAGAGAGGGAGGAAUACAAAAGGAAGAAGCAGGAAAAGGAGGAACAAGCCAGGCGAGAAGCUGAAGAGAGGAGGAAAAAAGCAGAAGAAGAAGCUAAAGCUGUUAUGGAAGAAGCUCGGAGACAAGCACAACUAUUAGCAAGGCAAACAGCAGCCUUGGAAAAACAGUUGCAAUUUACCAAGGGACUGCUAAAGGAAUCAGUUGGAUUGGACCAGACCCAGGGUGUUUCAAGACCUUGGGUGUUCUCUUAUUUUGAAUUUAUGGAGCUGCCAUUUUUACCACUGUCUGUUCAGGGUGACUAAGAAGGGCCAGAAUAUUACUUCCUAUGCUAGAGUUCAGUUGGGCCAUGCUUGAUCUUGUGUUGUAGGCAUUGGUUAUAUUUUGAAGACUAUGUUCUCUAGAAGUAUCUUCAUUGUGUGCAGUGGAACAAGGGGUGUUUCAGGCCGUUCCCUUCUACUGAUUUCAUGCUUUCUAAAAAAAAUUAAUCUGCAGAACUCUGGAGAUUUAACAAAUCAUCUGUGCAAUACUGAGCCAUUAAAAUCAGUUUGAUAUAGGACAUUCUACCUGAGUGAUGAUUUGAAGUACUUGCAUUAGUCACAAGAUAACUGCAGUACCUUCUACCUUUUGGUCUUUUCAGCUGAUUCUACUACAUUAUAAUAGUAUUUCUAAUUAAGCAAUUACAUAUCUUGCUGGAAUUUACUGUAUCCCUAAGCACUUUUGUUGCCUAAAAUUAUAUAUGUGAAAUUAGAGCCCAUUUUUUAUUCAUUCCUAUGGGAUUUUUAUCAGAAUAUUUAUCAGUGAGUGAUAGUUCACAAUUUGCUAUACACACUUAAAAAUCCCAUAGGACUAAAUAGUAAGCGGGAGAGUUUUUCUGUUGUUAGCUACCGUAUAUACUCGAGUAUAAGCCGAUCCAAAUAUAAGCCGAGGUACCGAAUUUCACCUAAGAAAACUGGAAAACUGUAUUGACUGGAGUAUAAGCCUAGGGUGGGCUUACAUAAUACUAAAAUUACAUGAUGCUGAAAAGUGCAUGAUGCCCAUGACUAGACGGGCCCAAAAAUCUCUUUGGAGUGAAGCAUCUGGCACUUGAGCCUCCUGGUGCACAGCCCUGAUAGUGGAUCUACCUACCAAAUCUUGCACCAGCUUACUUACUAAGAGAGUGCAUCAGGGUAGACUUACAGUUUGUGCAGGUUCACAGGGGCCUUAUGCAGCCAUGGAAAAGCCAGGUUUGCCUGGUGUGCCAAAGCACUGGGGUGCAAUACAUUGCAGGCCGAGUCGCUCUUUGGCUGGGAGCAGCCACUUUCAAGUUAAGGCACAGUUUGGACAGCUCUUUCUCAGUCCGGGUCCUGAGUUCUAUGCAACCAGUUCAAAUCCCUAAUAUUUAUCUGUCUGAGGAUUCCAGCAGCCAGCAAUUCCCCCUCUAUAACCAAUGAAGUACUAGAAGGUGGUUUGUUGCUUACCAACCAGCCACCACCACGGACAACACAAUGGGCUGCUUGUGCUGCAGCUUAGCCCCGGAGUAGCGGCGGGUGUUUACUGUAGGCUGGGAGCGGGGCUGGUUGAAGCUGCUGGGGACCGAGGCACACGCUCCUCGUGCCUGUAGAGCGGUAAGCAUAAGAUGGGUCUCUUAUGCAUUCUGGCAUAGGAGCGCACGGUGAAGAGGGGUCUUAGCGGACAUCCACGGGGGUGUGCAAUGAAUGCCAUCUUAUCCAUAUACUCGAGUAUAAGCCGAGGGUGACUUUUUCAGCACAUUUUUGGUGGUCAAAAACUCGGCUUAUACUCGAGUAUAUACGGUAAUUAACAAAGUAUCGAACUCUGCACACUGCAGUAGAAGUCACGCCAAGUAGAUCUGUCAGCUAAAGCCAUUUACUUAUGCCCAAAAUAUGGCUUUAAAACCAAAAAACAAACUACCUCUGUAGAAUCCAAAUGCUCAGUAGUCUGUAUCCAUUUUAAAUGAGUAAUUGUAAACAUUCUUAGGCCAACUUUGUUCUACGUGACAGCACAAAUGGAAUACAGUUGAAACAUUUCUAGGAUUAGGUUCCAGCAACAACAAUUUUGAUUCUGAGAAAAUUCACAUGAAUACUCAGCCAGUUUCCUUGUUUGAAACCUAGAACUUAUAAAGUAGGCAAAAUUGGGUCGCAGUAAAGGAACAUUUGUUGAUGAAAAGAUUGGUUAUGGUAUAUUUUGACAACACUGCUUUGUCAAAUUGAUGCUGUAGUGCUGUUUUGCAAUCAGUGUUUUCUUGAGAGGCAUUCAAGAUGCUUGUCAGUAAGAGUAAGGAAGGUGAAUUUGGAUCUAUAUAGCUUAAAGCGGGAGAAGGAAACAUGUUGGUGACAGAGGAAUGUAAUAAAGACAAUUGUGGUCUCCAUUUUUACAAAUGUUUUAGCUUUUUUUAAUAUAACUUCAACUUGAAUUAAGCCAAUACAGACAUUUUUUUUUCAUUUUUUUUUUAAACUUUUUUUUAAAACCCAUGCCCCACAAAAAUAAAAGAUACAGCGAACAUUUCAUAGGGGGUGGUUGCAUGACAACUUGUAUCUAAAAACACAACUCCUAUAUCUUCUAGGCAGGUGGAACGAUAACAGUAAUGGUGAAAAUUUUAUUCAACAAUUUGAAGUGCAAUAAAUCCCCAAAAAACGUUCUUUUUCGUGUCCCAAGCAACCGAGUAAUUUUACAAUGUAAAUUCAAAUCAAUAUUCUUGGAGACCAAAAGGAGUGAAGCUAAAACAGCCUGGACUGGUGACAUCUUCAGAAGUGACUUCUCAUACUGAUGAAGAUAUUAAAAUGAGGUGAUCUAGAUGCCACAGACAUCUGGCUGAUUACAUGAAAGGAAACAGAGUACCAAGGGGAAGGAGAGGUAAACAUUACAAAAAAAAAAAAAA